CCUCACCUUUCCUCGAUAACUCACACACAACUUCCAAGCGAGAAAAGAUUAAGAACCCUAGAACCCCGAAAGAAAUCCCAAACCGAAACCAUUUUUUCCUUUUCGUUACUACAAUUAGCUUUUGCUUUUUCUGUUUUCAAUUUGUUUUCCGUGCUUUCUUUGUUUCAGAUAUAUCUGGUUUUUCUUUUGUGUUGUCGUUUUUUGUUUUCAGGAACAGAAACGAAACGAGGGAGGCAGAGUUUUGUUGUCUAAAUUAAGGGGAUUAACGAGAUGCAGCGUGUCUUUUGUAUGGGUUUGGUUUAAUGGUUUACUGCGUCUUCUUGCUCUAAUGUGUGGGUUUUGUGCUGUGAAAUUAGGGUUUCACACAUCAUCUCCUUUUCCUUAAAGGAAGUUUAGGCCUUUGAGCGUUUCCGCGGCCGCGAAUCAAUUAUUUCUGCUUGUGGAGGUACAUUUUAGUUGAAAAAGAUGUCGUCACCAUAUCCAAUUCUUGGCAAUCGACCAAUUGAUCAGUGGAAGGUUACAGAGCUAAAAGAGGAACUUAAGAGAAGGAAAUUAACAACCAAGGGUUUGAAGGACGACUUGAUUAGACGUUUGGAUGAAUCUCUUCGUGUUGAAAUGGAAAAUGCUAGAGAAGAAGCGGAUAAUGGUGUUGAUUGUGGAAGUGAACCUGUACUUGGAGAAAAAGAUGCUCAGACAGUGAAAGUUGCUACAGGAAUAGCUAAAGAACUUGCAGAUCCUGGUGGCAACAAGAACAAGAAGACAGAUAGUGUUAUGGUUCAGGUUGACAUUAAUGACAGUGCGGCAGCCUUGGAUCAAGGAAAAGUUGAGGAAGGUAACAUACUUGGUGUUACUGAUGCUGCUAGGGUGGAAGAGGAGCUGGUUGUUGAUGAUACUGCUGUUGAAACCAGCAUUAAAGUAACUGAGACAGUGACAUCUGAAGUAGUGUUGAGUGAGCACAAUUUGGAGAAUAUUAAAACUCAAAAGGAUAAUGGAAACUCAAAGUCCUCGACUGAGAAUGAGGAUUUGAAGCCCCAGCUGGAGAAUGAGGAUUUGAAGCCCCAGCUGGAGAAUGAGGAUUCAAUGCCCCAGCUGGAGAAUGAGGAUCUAAAGCCCCAGCUGGAGAAUGAGUAUUCAAAGCCCCAGCUGGAGAAUGAGGGUUUAAAGCCUCCGCCCGAAGGUGUCAUGCACUCUUCAACUCCGGAGAACCAGGUAUCUGAGGUCAGCCCUAUUUUAGGGUCUCAAGUAAAAUCUGAUUCUAUUUCUACUGAUUCUGUGUCAAUUAAUGAAAAAAUUGAACUAAAGGAUAAUGUAAUUGCUGAUCAUGUCAAAUUAGAACUAGAUGUUGUUAACCUUGAGAUGGUGGAACCAUCAUCCAGCAAUGUUGUCCCAGUUGGUGGCGAAUCACAUCCAAUGGAUGUUGAAGUGCCACAUGAGAACAAGGAAUCUGAUGGAGGGAAAGAUGACAAUAGAGCUACAGAUGCAGACAUAAGCAAGAAAAUUGAUAGUGCAGAUUUAGGGUACUCAGAACAGUUAAAUUUAGACAGGAGUUCUGGUGAUGAUUCCAUGGAAGAGGAUGUGCUGGAGAGUAAGCAAAUUGAUUCGAAGUAUAAUUUUGAAGAAGUUGAAAAUAGAAGUGAGAAAAGUGAAGUGGCUGUUGUGAAGGAGGAAAGUCAUGUUGCUAUUCUUGGGGAUGCUAUAUCUGCUGAAAAAAAAGAUGUCGAUGUUGAGAGUGAGAAUCGACCAGCUGCACUUGUUGAGAAAAGAAAACUUAACGAUCAAGCGGCAGUUGGAAAUAAUGAGCCAAUCAAGAGGCAGCGCAGGUGGAACUCUGAAGGACUCAAAGUUCCAGAGCCCCAGAGCUCUACUACUCCUACCACUACCCCAAAGGAGACUUUCCCGACUACGCCCAAGGACACUUUCCAAUCUACUGCUUUGAAGCGUAAUUUCUCUAGAUCGGACUCUACAAAUAGUGAGAGUACACCCAAGGAACGUGUUGUUCCACCAUCGCAAAAACCUCCGACUAAUUCCCUUAGAAUUGAUCGAUUUCUGCGUCCCUUUACCUUGAAAGCAGUGCAAGAACUUCUGGGAAAAACCGGGAGUGUUACAAGUUUCUGGAUGGACCACAUCAAGACCCACUGCUAUGUUACUUACACAUCAGUUGAAGAAGCCACAGAAACGAGGAAUGCUGUGUAUAACUUACAGUGGCCUCCGAAUGGUGGGCGUCUCCUACUGGCUGAGUUUGUUGAUCCUCAGGAAGUUAAAAUGCGGGUGGAGGAGGCUCCUCAGACUCCGACUACGCCUGCCAGUGCUGGUCCUAUUGUUCCUCCAGCACCACCCACCUCGCAGCCCCAGCCCUCACCCCGUCAACAUAGGCAGCAGCUUCCACCCCCACCUCCUCUUCCACCACCGCCACCUUUGUCUAACCCCCCUCAGACAAGAGAGCGGGUUCAUCUUCCACCCCCACCUCCGCUUCCAGAGAAACUUGACCCUCCUAUUGUAACUUUGGACGAUCUGUUUCGGAAAACCAAAGCUACCCCUCGGAUAUACUAUUUGCCUUUGUCAGAAGAACAAGUAGCAGCAAAACUUGCAGCGCAGGGAAAAAACACCAAGCAGCAGUAGGGAUCAGGCUAAAAUUUAUCCCUAGCUGCUCAAUGGAUUUUCUUAUGGGUUGGUCAGUUAGACAAUGGUAAGAAAGUUAUGAUUGCAUCUUUGCAGGUCUGCAGGUAUUGCUUCUAAGAAGGAAUUGUCCCAGCUAAGCAGAAGGAUCCAGUUCGUAGAUGGGUUUGGGUUUUUGCGGGGAGUGCUUCGGGCUGAGGCCAAGUUUUCUUUAGUGUUAGAACCCUUCCAAUUUAGAGCCCUCUUUGAGUGGACUGAUUUUUCUUCCAUGGCUUCUUCUUUACCUGUUGAACCAGAGUUUCUACUAUGUAAACUUGAACUGUUAGUCAAAUUUCUAUUGGAUUCUGUCUUUUUUCCAAUAUUCA